GCCCGACCCCGAGCCCGAACGGGCCCUUCUCGGGGCGGAUCCCAGAGGACGCCUCACAGAGGUUGCCGUAGGGUCAGUCCCAGCUCCCCACUAGGGCAAGCUGCCCCUGGCCUUCCCCGCACAUCUGCCCACGACCCUGGAGCGGGCUGGGCCAAACCUGGGCUGGGAAUCGGAAAACUUCUGGCCCCUGGGCCAGUCACUUCUCUGUCUCCUCUCCUCAUCCGUAAAAGGGGCAGAAGGAUUCCUGCUCUGCUUCACAGGGAAGGGGUCGCGUGUCCCUCCAGGCAGCUGCCUUGACCUGGGAGGGAGUGUCUACUUGCAACCGUGUUGAGCCUCCCCUUGAAGCCCACCUUUCCCAGGCCAGCCUUUGCGGUUCUUGCUUAAGGAUAAUUCCAUCCUGCAGACCUCACCUCCAACCCUGUAGGGUCAGAUAAUCCCCAUGCCAUGGCCUUCCCUGGAGAUCCAGGCCAGAGGGUUUCCCUUUCUCCCUGUAGGCUGGGACCCCAGACUUCCAGUCUGCCCUGGAGGCCAGUGCUGUUAAGCGCAUCUCUGGGCUGCCCCCUCCCCCCAUUUCUUCUUGAAGGACAGGGGCAUAGUGGACUAUAGCACUCACCUUCUCUAUUAGUGGCAGCUUCUGGCUGAGUCGGGGUCUGUCCUCCCUGAUCCCUCACGGUUCCAUUUGUCUUAGUGCCUGUCCUCUCAUCUCAUGGGGUUGUCAAAAAUAGAUACCAUUUAUUUAUUUGAGUGCUCUUAGAUGUACGCUUAGCUAUAUUUUUCUCAUGGAAUCCCGGCCACAGUUUAGCAGAAGAGGUUUAUUACGCCCAUCCUACUGAAAACUAAAGAGGUUCAGACCUGAGUCGCUUGUCCAAAGCUCCGUGGAUGGUGUAAAUGGUGCUGUUGGGUUUUUGGUAACAUUUGUUAAAUGCUCACUGUGUGCCACUUAGUACUCGGCUGAAUAAUUCUACUACAUGGUACCUAUGAAAUGAACACUUGUUAUUUUCAUUUUUUGUAGGGAAGCCUAAGCCUCAGAAAGUUUAAGUAACUUGCCCCAAACUUCGUAGUUCUAAGUGGGAGAGGCAGGAUUUGAACCCAGGUCUGCCUGAUCCUGACCCUGGUGCUGUACUGUGCUGCCUGUGCUUUCUGUCUGAGACCCUAAAAUCCAGGCUUGAUGCUACAUCACGCUGCGGUGAAGGGCCAGUGAAAUGAUGCAGAUGAAAGUGUUUUGUGUACGGGACCAUGACCUUGGACUCCCUCAGGAGAGGCUUUCUGAUGCUACUGAUGGCCUUGGGCUUGACCCAGGGAGACCCUGUGAAGCCCUCCCGGGGCCCGCUGGUGACCUGCACGUGUGAGGGUCCAACCUGCAGGGGGUCCACCUGCCAGGGGGCCUGGUGCAUAGUAGUGCUGGUGCGGGAGGAGGGCGGACAACCCCAGGAGCAUCGGGGCUGUGGGAGCCUGCAUGAGGAGCUAUGCAAGGGGCGUCCCACCGAGUUCGUCAACCACUACUGCUGCUACAGCUCCCUGUGCAACCAAAACGUGUCUCUGGCACUGGAUGACACCCAGACUCCUCCAGAACAGCCGAAAGUAGACGGCCAGCUGCCUCUGAUCCUGGGCCCUGUGCUGGCCUUAUUGGUCCUGGUGGCCCUGGCUGCCCUGGGCCUGUGGCAUGUCCGGCGGCGGAGGCGGGAGAAGCAGAGGUGUCUGCGCAGCGAUCUGGGCGAGUCCAGCCUCAUCCUGAAGGCGUCGGAGCAGGGGGACAGCAUGCUGGGGGAUCUCCUGGACAGUGACUGCACCACGGGCAGUGGCUCAGGACUGCCCUUCCUGGUGCAGAGGACAGUGGCACGGCAGGUGGCCCUGGUGGAGUGUGUAGGAAAGGGCCGCUACGGCGAGGUGUGGCGCGGCCUGUGGCAUGGUGAGAGCGUGGCCAUCAAGAUCUUCUCUUCAAGGGAUGAACAGUCCUGGUUCCGGGAGACGGAGAUCUACAAUACGGUGCUGCUCAGACACGACAACAUUCUAGGCUUUAUCGCCUCGGACAUGACUUCCCGCAAUUCGAGCACACAGCUGUGGCUCAUCACGCACUACCACGAGCAUGGGUCACUCUAUGACUUUCUGCAGAGGCAGACGCUGGAGCCCCAGCUGGCCCUGAGGCUGGCUGUAUCGGCCGCCUGCGGCCUGGCACACUUGCACGUGGAGAUCUUUGGCACGCAGGGCAAACCGGCCAUCGCCCACCGGGACCUCAAAAGCCGCAAUGUGUUGGUCAAGAGCAACCUCCAGUGCUGCAUCGCCGACCUGGGCCUGGCUGUGAUGCACUCCCAGGGUAGUGAUUACCUGGACAUCGGAAACAACCCACGAGUGGGCACCAAGCGGUACAUGGCCCCUGAGGUGCUGGAAGAGCAGAUCCGCACCGACUGCUUCGAGUCCUACAAGUGGACAGACAUCUGGGCCUUUGGCCUGGUGCUGUGGGAGAUCGCCCGUCGGACCAUUGUCAAUGGCAUCGUGGAGGACUACCGGCCACCCUUCUAUGACGUGGUGCCCAAUGAUCCCAGCUUUGAGGACAUGAAGAAGGUGGUGUGUGUUGAUCAGCAGACCCCCACCAUCCCCAACCGGCUGACCGCAGACCCGGUCCUCUCAGGCCUGGCUCAGAUGAUGCGGGAGUGCUGGUACCCCAACCCUUCUGCCCGCCUCACGGCUCUGCGGAUCAAGAAGACACUACAGAAACUCAGCAACGGUCUCGAGAAGCCCAAAGUGAUUCGCUAGCCACAGGCCUGAAGCCUGACUCCCCUGUACCUGCAGUGCGUGUGGGGUGGGUGGCAGACGGUGGGUGCCCUGUCUGGGUAGAGGUGGCGUGAGUACGCGUGCUGGGGAGGAGGGUGCCCCUCUCUGGGCCGCUGUGCCCGCCUGCCGGCUCAUCCAGCCAAAAAUACAGCUGGGCUGAAACCCGAUCCCCCGCUGUCUGGCCCGCGCAGAGCAGCAGGCUCCCUGACGCCUGGCUCUCUCCCCACCCUCACGCCCUGGGGCGCAGCCCCUACCGCCCCCAGGAUAGGAUGCAAAAGAGGCCCCAGAGCCGGGGUGGCCAGGCCAGGGAAUCCCAGUCCCCGGGCCCAGAGCCUAGGCCUGCACUUUACCCCCUGCCCUCAGUUAACCCCACUGCCCCACCAGACCUGCCCGGGUGACACAGGGCCUUGUCCAGCCUUCAGUAGACAUCCUGCCCUGCCAGGUCUCAGCCUCUGGCACAAGCCCGACAGACACCCAGGGCCCGUCAUUUUCUCUGUGUGGGUUUCUAUCUCAGGUCUAUGAGGCCUGGGGCCUCUGUCUCCGGGACAAGACCCCACCAGCUGAGCACCAGCCGCCAACCAUCUGGGAGAGCUGGGGCCCGGAUCCUGGGCCCCUCCCCCACCUCCAUCCUAGCUGCCUUAUUAGGGCGUUCCACCCAAGGAGUCCUGCUGCAGGUGUGGCAGGGUCAGAGGACAGUGCAGAGGUAGCAGGUCAGAAGGGUGAGGCCCAGGACUUCCGGACUAACUGAAAGCUUGGCUUUCAGAAGCCCAGCGCAGCUGGGGAAAGACUCAGCUGGGAGUCAGGAGACUCAGGUUCUGGUCCUAGGUAAUUGCUCUACGUGACAAGAAUGAGGCCUUCACUGUCCCAGGACCUUCACUGUCCCACAGUCCUGAUGUCCUCUGAGGUUUCUUUGAAAUUUCAGCCGGUGUCAGAGCUCAGUUCAUCAGUCCCUUCUGCUCCUUUUGCCCCCCAGCCCCUGGCAAUUUGCCUCCAGAUGGGGAUUUGAAAAGAACUUUAUCUGAGGCCAGGAGUGCCUGAAGGGCCUCCUAGACUAAUUCUGCAAGCUCCAGUUCCUGCUUUAACUCAAACCAGCCGCCAUCCUUGGGCCCAGACAACCCUGGGCCUUUGGGCAGGCAAGCCGGCCGCUCACCCCACUGUGGCUUAGCCUUCUCUGUCCAGGACUGAGAAGGGCUGAGGGCCGGCUUCCUGCAGGGCCUCUGAGGCUCAGAAGAAAUUUGGCUCCAGCCAGCAAGCCUCCAGCACCCAGGUUCCUGCUCUCCACUGGUCCCUGGCCCAGGCCCACAGUCUUGGCCAGACCCCAGACCGUGUGUGUCCAAGAAGAACCUGAUGGCUGUGGAGAAACACGUGGAAUGUUCAGCAUUUGGCAACGUCAAGGGUGUAUGUCCAUGUGAUGGAGAGGUUACCCCAAAGCCUGGGCUGGUGGAUGGGAGGUAGAGCCUCAGGUUUGUGGGGUGGGAGGGCUCAGGCUAUGGACAACAAUCCCAAGCUCAGAAGACCUGGCCUCUCAGCCCUUGGGGCAGGGAAGGACCCACCAUUCUCCACAGGAGGUGACAAAAACACAGCCUCCUUCCCUCCCGCUGCAAAUGACCCAGCACCCCCCCCCCUCCCCUCUGCCCCCACCCAGGGGCGGCUUGCGUGCACCGUGGCAUUUUCCCAGGCCUGGCUCCCUGAGUUGUGCAAGGCCCGAAGGAGAACCAGGAAGUGAAACUGGUGAAAACAGAAAGUGAGAGGGACCUGUUAGGUUCUCAGAUGAUCACAGGGCAGUUUACUUCCCGGCAGUUUUGCGUCUUCUGGUUACUGGAACCCGCUCAGCCCAGGAGUCAGUCCUCCCCAUGACAGAUUUUAUCUCUGCUGGAUUUGGGAGCAAAGAGGCUCCUCCUGGGACUCCAAAGGCAGCAGCUCUCCAGAGGCUGGAAAAUGCCUGAGGGGGUGAAGGUCUGAGGCGGGAAGUGGAGUGACAGGGGCCGGCUAACGGCCAGUGGUCAAGGAUGGAAAGAGGCUUUGGUGAGAGCAGAGCACCCGGUGCUUCCGUCUGAGUGCAGGAAGGUGUGCCAGGGCCCAAAUUACAGCCUCUUACCUGGAGAUCCUGCUUGUGGGAGCACUCAGCUCGUGCUCAGCACACAGUAGGUCCUCAAUAAACCAUGGUCCAAUCUCGA